AUUGAUUGAAAGAGUGAGAGGAGGAAGGUGUGUGGAACUUCUAUUAUCAACUCUCUUUUCUUUACACAACCCUGGAAAAUUUACUGUGAGAGAUAGAGAGAUAAAAAGAAAAGGAAAGAGAAAGAGAGAGAAAAGGGAAAAAUCGUAGAGAAGCACCGGUCUGACUGCCUUGGGAGCAUCUCCACAAGAUCUGGAGCUUGACCUUCAUUUUAAUCCUUAUUUGACAGACUUUUAGGAUAUAUCAGAGAUUAUAGACACCACCUAACGUUAAAUAUCAGAUUUUCAAAUCUGCAACCGUCCCCAUACUGCCGUCAAGGAGGGAAUAAUGUUUUUUAUUGACAAAAUUGUGGAUACAGACAAUCUGGAUGUCCGGUCAAGUGUAAGAUCCAACAUGUUAUCACGUCUAUUCCUAGCCCAGGGGAGGUUUUGUUCCUCCCACCCAUGGGAAGUCAUCGUUUGUACCCUUACACUAACCAUCUGUAUGCUGUCAAUGAACUACUUUACUGGUCUACCGAGGAUAUGUGGAUGGAAUUAUGAAUGUUCACCAGAAGUUAAGGAAUCAUCUCUUUCUUCUGAUGUGAUUGUUAUGUGUAUCAUGAGAACUCUAGCAGUGGCUUAUCUCUACCUCCAGUUUACUAAACUAAGAACUACAGGGUCAAAAUAUAUUCUAGGUAUUGCAGGUCUGUUCACUAUCUUCUCUAGUUUUCUCUUUAGCAGUGCUGUGAUUCAUCUGUUUGGAUUAGAACUUACAGGACUCAAUGAGGCUCUUCCAUUCUUCUUGCUCCUCAUCGACCUGACCAAGGCCAGUGCUCUCACCAAGUUUGCCCUCAGCAGCACCUCACAACGUGAGGUAGUGGACAAUAUUGCCCGUGGUAUGGCCAUACUUGGACCAACCAUCACCCUGGACACUGUAGUGACCACUCUGGUCAUCAGCAUUGGAACCAUGUCAGGAAUCCGGAAAAUGGAAGUUUUCUGCUGCUUUGGCAUCCUCUCACUCAUCGCCAACUACUUUGUAUUCAUGACAUUUUUCCCAGCUUGUCUGUCCCUUGUUCUUGAGCUGUCAAACAGUAACAAGUAUGGUCGACCUGUGUGGCAGCUUGGACGCUUUGCUGAAGUUCUGGAGGAGGAGGAAGACAAGAAACCUAAUCCUGUGGUCCAACGGGUCAAGAUGAUCAUGGCUACAGGACUUGUACUGGUUCAUGCACACAGCUACUGGCUUGCUGGUAACGACACAGAUCUAAUGGGACGAUCCAUGCUCUAUGAUGGAAACCUACUCACAGACAAGAAGAUUGAUCCUAGCAUGCCUCUAUGGCAGUUCUACAUCACAAGACUAUGGCCUCCUACACUUGAUUACAUCAUCACCGUUAUCCUGGCUUCUGUCCUGGCAACCCACUAUAUCUUUUUCUCUGACAUGGCCACUGUCCCAGAGAAGCGGGUCAGUAUUAUGGAAGGUCAUGAGGUCGUCAAUCCAGGAUCUGAUCAGGAAGAUACAUCUGAAGUGGAUACUAUUGGGUCCCUCUCAUCUUCUCCUUCAACGAGUGAUGUGAAGGUGAUUGAAUCAAUGACCUGUCGUACCCAGGCCUGUCAGACUGACCCUGUGACCGCUUCACCACGUAAUAGUCGGUCAUCAUCUCCUGUGUCAUCACGCUCUCUCAAACCUGCAAGGUUCACUAUUGGAUCCACAGGAAGCGGUUCUGAAGAUGAGGAAGAUGAGGUCAUCGAAGAAGAAGUCGAGUUGGUCCUAGAGAAAGAACUUCAGCCUCCUAGACCUAUGACAGAAUUACUGGAGAUACUGAACGUUGGGAAAGGACCAGAUGAACUAACUGAUGAAGAGAUCCAGCUUUUGGUUGAUGCUAAACACAUCCCUGCCUACAAGCUUGAGAACAUCUUAGCUAACCCUGAGAGGGGCGUGUCCGUCAGGAGACAGAUCAUCUCUAAACUCUUACCAAUCACCGAUGCCUUGGAGAAACUGCCAUUCACAAGCUAUGACUAUUCAUUUGUAUCAGGAGCAUGUUGUGAGAAUGUGAUUGGUUACAUGCCUGUACCAGUGGGUGUGGCUGGACCUCUCCUUCUUGAUGGAAAAGAAUAUCAAGUUCCCAUGGCAACGACUGAAGGAUGUUUGGUUGCAAGUACAAACAGAGGAUGCAGAGCUCUGAGAUCUGCUGGUGGUAUUCAUAGUAUCUUGAUUGGUGAUGGUAUGACAAGAGGACCAUUGGUUAGAUUACCAAGUGCAAAGGAAGCAGGAGCUAUCAAAGAAUGGCUAGAGGUCCCAGAGAACUUUGCUGCCGUCAAAGAGAAGUUUGAGUCGACAAGCCGUUUUGCCAAACUGCAGAGUAUCCAGACAGCUUUAGCUGGUCGUUACAUGUUCCUUAGGUUCAAGGCUAAGACUGGUGAUGCAAUGGGCAUGAACAUGGUAUCAAAGGGCACUGAGCAAGCGCUUCAUGCUCUUCAGACGGUGUUCCCUGAAUUAGAAAUCAUGAGCUUGAGUGGAAACUACUGCACAGAUAAGAAGGUUGCAGCCAUUAAUUGGAUUGAAGGACGAGGAAAGUCGGUUGUCUGUGAAGCUACUGUACCAGCACACAUUGUCAAGCAGGUUCUGAAGACAAGUGCAUCAGCUUUGGUUGACCUCAACAUCCACAAGAACCUUGUAGGCUCAGCCAUGGCUGGUAGUAUAGGAGGCUUCAACGCACAUGCAGCUAACAUUGUCACAGCCAUCUAUAUUGCAACAGGACAGGAUGCAGCCCAGAACAUUGCCAGUUCUAAUUGCAUGACCCUGAUGGAGACAACAGGACCCAAAGGUGAAGACCUAUACAUGAGUUGUACCAUGCCAUCUAUUGAGCUAGGAACAGUAGGAGGGGGUACUGUCUUACCUCCACAGUCAGCAUGCCUUCAGAUGAUGGAUGUGAAAGGAUCCAAUGUUCAUGGGUCAGGUUUGAAUGCCUCCCAGCUGGCUAGGAUCAUAUGUGCUACAGUCAUGGCAGGUGAACUCUCACUCAUGUCUGCUCUGGCAGCUGGUCACCUUGUAAAAAGCCACAUGAAACACAACAGAUCUGCCCUGAAUAUUGCCAGUCCUCUUCCUUCGAUUGAGGAGAUUCCUGCACACAGGAGAAGUAAAUCUGUUGACUUCUCAGCACUCCGUGAAUCCUCAUCAGCCCCUGGGACAUGCACAGCCAAUGCAUCAUGACAAUAUCCAAGCUAGGCCUUCCAAAGAAGAACCUCACCAUUCUUGUAUUACAGCAACGCAUGGAAAGUGGACCCUUGCGCAAUGAGUGUGUGUAACAAGUAGGGCAGUUGUGGUUCUUUGUGUUAUAAGUAAAAUACAUAGAGAUGUUAUUUCUUUACAGAACCAUACAAGAUUCAGUAAACUUUAGCAAGUUGAUGGUUCGACCAAUAGUGAAUGUAGCAAGUUGGGUGGUUGUACAUCUUAGUGUUAACAAAUGUAAACAUUAUACACCAAGAUGUUACUGCGGAAUGGAAGUUUAGAAAUGGUUGUAGCGCAGCUGUAUAUCUAUUUAUUCAAAAUUACGAAAAUUCAAACACUUCUUCAAGACAAAGCAAGAAGACACCACAACAAAGUGUAGCAAGUAAUAAUAGUGAUUGUAAAUUUUUGUUAUUAAAAAAUAAGAACCAUUUAAGACAUAAAGAUCAUUUCAGUACAGAACCAUUCAAUUCUUGGUAAACUUCAGAUAAAAUACACAAAGUGUUAGAAAAAACAACAGCAAUAGAGCAAUUUUGUUUCUUUUUGUAGAACUGGUGUUGAGUGGCACUUUCAUAAUCAUCAGCUAAGCGAAUAUGAAUCCUGUAGGCUACUAGUGGUUGAUAAACAAUAUUGAUUUUGUGCACAUGGAAAUUGCAAUUCACUAUUGGUGGCCAUCCCAGAGAAGGUGUCUCUACAUAUGAUCUACUGUCCUUAACAAGACUUAGUUAUGGAAUACCCUAUCCAUAUUGGUUUACUAUUUUCCUGAAGUGUACUCUCUCAAAUUUAUCCUGUAGAGAACUUUCCCAUUUCUCAUUCAUUCCCUUCUCCUAUUUCAAUUUAGCUAUUUGUAUCAUUAUACUCUAAGUAUCUUGAUGCAUUAUAGAAUAGAUUAUAGAUUAUUUCUUUGGAUCAUUAGGAAAGAGACAAGUUAUGUAUCCUUCAUCAUUUUGUUAAUCUUUCCUCUAUUUAUUGCUCUACUCUCUGACUGUAUUCAGAUACAGAAAUUAUAAGAAAAAUAUAUUGUGUGCCACUCAUGGUAUACAGAACAAUGUAUCUUUUUUUCCCUUAAUUUAUUCUGAAAUAUCUAUAUACAUUGUAAGUUGUCUUUUGCUUUAGAAUACCAUCGAAAUGGGAGAAUCACGAAGAAAUGCCUCAUAAAAUUGGUAUUUUGUGCUAUGAAGCAGUUUGUUGCUGAGCAUUAUUUUGUUUUACUUAUUUAUAUUCUCAAUUUAAAAUUAUCAGAAAGACUUCGUUGUCUUCAGUUAUUAAAGGUCAAGUCCACCCCGGAAAAAUGUUGAUUUGAAUAAAUAGAGAAAAAUCAAACUAGUGAAACGCUGAAAAUUUCAUCAAAAUCGGAUGUAAAAUAAGAAAGUUAUGACACUUAAAAGUUUUGCUUAUUUUUCACAAGACAGUGAUAUGCACAACUCAAAUAAGAAAGUUGAUGAUGUCCCUCACUCACUAUUUCUUUUGUUUUUUAUUGUUUGAAUUAUACAAUAUUUCAUUUUUUUUUAGAUUUGACAAUGAGGACCAACUUGACUGAAUCAUAUCGUAUUAAACAAAGCUCAUUUUACAUGUUUAGGGAGGAAUUAAUCGUUGUUUCACUUGACAAUGAGGAGAAAAAUAGAAUAUUCCCUAUUUCACAUAAUAAAAUACAAAAGAAAUAGUGAGUGGAUGACGUCAUCAGUCUCCUCAUUUGCAUACCCAUCAGGAUGUGCAUAUAACUGUUUUGUGAAAUUAAGCAAAAUUUUCAAAUGUCAUAACUUUCUUAUUUUAUAUCCGAUUUUGAUGAAAUUGUCAGUGUUAUGUUUGUUGGAUUUUUCUCUAUUUGGUCAAAUCACCUUUUUGUUGGGGUGGACUUGUCCUUUAAGAUAUAUCUUUCCUUUGUCUAUAGGUACAUGUUUUAAUUACAUUGGUUACAGUUCAUGCUCUUGAUUUGUUUCCAGUUUAAGUCUCAAUGAAAUAAAUUAUAUGGUCCAGUGUGUUGUAAUAUACGGUGUUUUAUUGUCAAAUUCCAGCAUUUCAAAUUUUUAUAAUUGGUGGGGGGGGGGGGGUCCAAAUGGUACUAUCAGUCUAUAUGCAAUAGAUGUGAACCUGACAUUAAUUUUUCAAAUAGAUUACACUUAUAUUGUGACUGCAUUGGGAUUUCCAAUCCACUUAUAACCCACCUUUUGAACAUAUGUUGAAGAGCACUGUGUAACGUUCAAAUGAAGGAUGCUGUUGAAAAUCUUACACAAAUUUAUUUUUUCUUUUAUGCCAAAGUUCAGUAGUGAAACUAUCGAGGAAAGGUUUUGUGUAUUGUAAUCUAUUGUGUGUGAUUUUGUUGUAUAUAUUUUGGAGUUGAUUUCCUUUAUCCUGUUGUACACAUCCAUAAAAAAAACAUUGUCAGGAUUCAUCUUUGAGAAAUAAUAGGAAGCCUCAGAUAUGCGAUGCAACUUCUGUAACAUGCUUAUUUUGUAAAAAAAAAAAUCUUUCAUGUGUAUGAUUAAGCUUGUAACAGCUUGAGUUGUUCACAAAUCUAAAACUGUUCUUUAUCAAAGACUAUGGACUACACCUGAUGGAUGGUUUAAAAUGUGUGCUUCUUAAUCAUCUUUCUUUCAUUUCUUUCAUGAAUAUUUUCUGUUCUGACCAACAUUCUUUCUUGGUAUGAUGGCACAAAAUGACAAUCUUUUAUCGCCUUUGAAUUCAUUGAUUUUGAAACAGAUUUUUUAAAACUGAGUGUCUAUAUUUCAAAGAUACCUUAUUAUCAUAAAUAUUUCAUCUCACUCAUGAAAUGUAUGUUAAUACAGGGCUGUAUUCCAUUGAAAAUUGAGAUCAAUUAUCAUCCUGUUAUGAAGAUUUCUACAUUUCAUGGAGCUUGUAAUCUAAUUUAAAGCCUAUAAAUAUGUGUACUUGUGGUAUGAGAAAUUAA